AUGAUCAUGGUAGAGAUUAAUAUGAUAGAUCUUAACGAUAUUGAUUGGAUUAAUCUAUCACUUUACACAACUACUGCCGUAAUACUUCUUGAUGGAGAAGGAAACAGGAUUCUUGCAAAAUAUUACGGAAAUAGAAAUCUGUAUCCCACUUCAAAAGAACAGAAAGUCUUUGAAAAAGGAUUAUUCGAUAAAACUAGAAGAGCAAAUGGCGAAAUUAUUCUCUAUGAUAAUCAUGUAGUUCUUUAUCGUAGCAAUAUUGACGUCUUUUUCUAUGUUGUUGGAUCUGCAGAAGAGAAUGAACUCCUAUUAAGUAGUAUCUUGAAUGCGUUUUACGAUGCAGUUUCUAGUUUAUUAAGACAUCAAGUUGAGAAAAGAACAAUCGCUGAUAACCUAGACCUUGUAGCUCUUGCAUUGGAUGAGACAAUAGAUGACGGCAUCGCUUUGGAAACCGAUUCAAAUGUCAUUGUAUCUCGCGUAACUCGUCCCCGCACCGAUACUACUGAUAUUCCUAUCACAGAGCAAACUUUCAUUCAAGCAUAUCAUACAGCAAGAGAACGAGUUACCGAGCGAUUGUUACAAACAGGAAUCGAUCUACCAGCUGUUGGACCUUUAUUACCUUCUUCAGGACGAGAUAUUGGAGGGUUAGGGGUGUACAUAACAGAUGGUGGUGGAUUAAAGGGGAUUAAAUAUGGACUUUACACCUCUUCAAAGAAUACUUUUACACCUAUUCCAGUAUUCAAAGAUUACGAACGAGAGAUGCAUCGCUACCUCUUGAUCGACCAAUCAGGGUCCAAGAUCUGGUAUUGGAGGACUCUGUAA